AUCAUCUCGCUGCUCAGCAGCCAUCGUCAGUCCACUCGGGAGCUCUGGAUGUCCAACCCACUCAAUCCGCAAUCUCUAUCCGACGCCACGUUGGAAUGGAUUUUCGUUGUAGACACGCUCAACUUUUCAUUCUGGCCCGAGGACCCGGCAGUACCAUUCACGGUCGAGUACAAAGACAAGUCCUACACAAACUACUGGUCGCUGUGCGCCGCAAUCAACCGAGCGCUCGAGGAGGGCAUUGCAAUCACCGACCCGGCCUACUAUGCGACAAUCACGAUGGAGCAGCUGCAGCAUGUCUUCCGAUCGUCCACCGCUACGCCAAUUCCAUUGCUGAACGAGCGGCUCGCAGCAUUGCACGAAGCUGGCACCGCACUCGUCGAGCAUUUUGACGGCAAAUUCGCCAACAUGCUUCGCUUGGCCAGCCAUUCUGCGGACGUGUUGAUGCGAGACGUGCUAAAACACAUGCCCAUGUAUCGGGAUCGCGCGGCAUACCAUGGAGUAGAGUUGUGCUUUUACAAGCGGCUUCAAAUCUUGGUGGCCGAUAUCUGGGCCUGCUACGAUGGCAAAGGCGAUGGCUACUUUUCCGACAUUGAUUUGAUCACCAUGUUUGCUGAUUAUCGAGUUCCUCAGGCUUUGGUUCAUUUGGGUGCCCUCGAGUAUUCCCCUGCACUACUUGAGCGACUAAAACGACACGAGCUCAUGUUGUCGGGGGAUCCUGAUGAAGUUGAAAUCCGUGGCUGCUCCAUUUGGGUUGUGGAGCUAAUCCGAGCUCGAAUCGCAGUCAUUUUGCGCGAAGAAGACCCUCGCCGACCUCCUCCGAACGCAAUCCAGAUCGAUUUCUUCCUCUGGGAUUUGGCGCAAGAGUUCCGCGAGCAAAUGAAGCGGGUCCCCAUCCACCUGGUUCGUUCGGCCUUCUACUAAGACAAUGUUGUUUUAGAGCGUGCCAGGUCGAGAUCCCGUUCAUGGAUUGGCUUUUUUGGCAUUGUGCUCUUUCCUAUACCCUUUGUACCAUUAGAUCAGCACAUCAGUGUCAUUUCUUUUCUGA